AAAACGGAACAGAACAGAACAGAAAUUCGAAGCGCUGCCAAAUAUACACACACGAUUGUUCCGAUUGUAUCGCUGAGAUCCGAAAAAUUCGAGAUCCGAAUCGCAGGACAAGAGCAACAGAGCGCGCGCCAUCGGAUUUAUUAAAUGCACAUGCAUAUUUAUUUAUAAACGCGAGUUUUUGGUCGGGAACUAAAGUGCAGGUCACCGACGCCUCUGCCGCAGCCGCUGCCUCCGUCGACGUCGCAGUCGCAGUUGCGGUAGCUGUUGCUGCUUAUUUUUUUUUGUUGCUGUUUACAGAGUUAAGGGUGUGUGUGUGGCGCACCUAUACAUAUAAAGAUAUACCUAUGCUGGCCCUGGCCCCGCCCACCACGCCGCCCCCUCGAAAUGCACCGUUAGCCGCGAAAUCGAAAUCGAAUCGUUUUACUGCAACCGCAAUGCUGUCAAACGGCUCUGCUGGCGUCGCUGCCGACGUUGACGUCGCCGCCGGCGUCGCUGCCGACUGUGAUGAGCGAACGCUAUUGCUAAGCGAAGAGAUUGUUGUUGCGCCGCUGCCUGCGACGACGUUCUCUGCCGGCGUCGCUGCUGCUGCGCCGCCAACGUCGCUGCCACUGGUGCACACAACAACAACGCAACAAAACAACAACAAUGUGAACAACAACAAUAAUGGUUCGCUUGUGGUCAGUGCGAAAAACAUGGCUAAUAAUAAAAGUAAUAAGAAUAACAGCAAAUGCAAAAGCAACGAGGCCAGCAGCAGCAGCAACAACAACAAUGCGGCGGCAGCUGCAGCAGCUACAGCAACAACAACGACGACGGCAGGAGUAGAACCGGUAACAACAACAAUAACAACUGCAACAACAGCAGCUGAUGAUGAGGAUAUAUCCAGCGAUCUGAGCGAUAAAUUCCCACGCCCCCAAAAGAAACCCGGCAAACUGAGCAAAUUGGGCACCAAAAGCGUCGGCCUCAAACGCGUCUCCUUUGGUUCCUCGAAGGGUUCGAUGGUGGAGACGCUCGUCUUCGAGACGCCGACGCCGUUGUCGGAGCACAUGGAGUCCACUUUUGGGUUCGAUGCGGCAGCGAAUUCUGCUGCCGAUACCGCCGCUGCCGCCGCUGGUCAGCCGCAGCUGGCGUCGACGCUGGCGUCGCAUCUGCCGCUGGCCGGUGGCUACAGUGGAGACUAUGCCAAGGGGACUAUGGAUGACAGCGGCAUUGAGGUGCAGGAAGAAUCGGAGCGUUCGAUAGUGCGCGUUUCAAUCUACCAAAGCAGCCAGCCGCAGGUAAUCUGUCCACCGGCGGAGUAUCUGGACUACCCGGAGUACAACUUCAGCGGCAACCUUCUAGACUACACUACGAUGGCCACGACGGCGGCGGGGAUUCCACAGCAGCAGGUGAUCGGCCUGGGAGCGGCCUACGAUCGACAGCAAAGCACCGAUUCCGGCUGGGACAAUCCCUUUCGUCCAGGCGGCGAUCUGUCCAGAGAGGCUGAUGAAAUUGUCAACAUGAUCAGAGGUGGCAAGCCCAUCACACCCACAGAGGAGCGUACAAUUGGCAACGGGAGCGCCCAGCAUGUGGACGACAAUUGCAAUGGCGGGACGGCGAUCGGCGAGAGUGUAAUCAUAUCGAAUCUCUCGCAGAAUCUAGCAACAGCACAAAAUGGUACAAAUUCCCAUGCCUCUGCAACUGCCGACGCUGGCGCCGGAAAAGCAGCGACGGCGACCGAGCUGAGCGGCGGAACCGGAAACAAUGGGGUCACCUCGCUGGGACAGGUGUCCAAACAGGUGGUUCCCGGACCGACGUCCGCUAGUCAUGUGGUCAUCGACGAGAAGAAGAACAAGAAGAAGGGCUGCUGCGUCCUUCAAUAAUUGGGGCAACAAAAUAGGACGGGGGACGCGAUGAGCGACGAUGGGGGCGGGGGCGGUCAUUUUCCGGCUUGCCGUGUUUUUUGAUGUUAAUGUUUUUUGGGACGAAAUGAAGCCGAGCUGUUGAUAUUUUUCAUGCCGCAUAAAUCGCUUUGCUUCGCUUUGCAAGACGUGACCGAUACCGAUACCGUGACCGAUACCGAUACACGGAUACAGAUACUGACACAGAGACCGAAAUUGAGAUUGAGACAACACAAGGAUGAACUAGAAGAAACUAGAGGAAAACCAAGCUCUCUGACCAACAGUAGCAGAUUAUCAAGAAAUGUUGUAGCGGUACCAGCAGCCACAGUGAGAACCAAAAUUUAUGCAACACCCAGCAGCUGUUGCUCCAGCUUCAAAACAUAAGUCGAGAAAAAAUCCAAAAUUUAAAUUGUAAUUCUGAAGACCACAUUUACAUAUGUUUAUAUAUGUAUAUAUCUGUUAGUCUGCAGGCGAUGCUAAACUGCAAUUUACCAUUAUUAUGUAUACAUACGACUUCUUUUUCCCCUUUUUCUGUAAUGUGGACUCGACCUGCAUAUGUGUAUUAUAAAAAAUUAUUGUAUGCAUAUAUGUGAAUUUAUUUUUUUUUUUUUUGUAAUCGUAAAGUUUAGUGCGGCUUUUUAAAAAAUUGAAGAGGAUGUAGGGACGUUUAACAAGUAAAAACUAAAAGAACAAAAAAUAACGAAAAACGUUUUGCUUGCAUGCAUAAUGAAUACAAAAUCGA